CGAACAGGUAGCAAGAUGAAACAAGUAAUCAGUCUAGUUCUAUUCGGAUUGUUUUGCGGCAACGCAGUCGUGACCAACGCCAACGGUCAGAACACAACGGAAGGACCCUCCCAUUCUGGCCGUAUUGUCAAUGGCAUCCCAGUGAAUAUUUCAAAUUAUAAGUAUGCACUGAGCAUGCGAUUUGACGGUGAAUUCAUCUGUGGAGCUUCCAUCAUCACUUAUUCACAUGCCUUGACUGCUGCUCAUUGUGUGUAUAAUUAUCAGUUCAUGUCAUCACGCCUAACUUUGUAUGGAGGAAGCACAUCUGCUUCUUCUGGUGGAGUUGAAUUUCCUGUUGUCCGCCUACUAUAUCAUCCUUCUUACAAUUCUUAUAAAUCGAAUCUAUCGGAUUACGAUGUAGCUAUCCUAACUGUCCCUGCAAAUUCCUUCAGUGGAAAGCCAAAUAUGGCCCCAUUAGCGCUGCAAACUAAAGAACUGCCGGCCGAUACAAGGUGCUUCGUGGUUGGAUGGGGGAAGAGAGCGGAUGGGGAAAAUGAACAACCGUCUGUAAAUCAAUUGCUCUACGCCAACAUGAACAUUGUGUCACAGAGCGAUUGUGCUACAAUGUGGGCUAAUUCCGAGCAUCGUUGUCCAGCAUGCAAGCAAUCUAUUACCUCCAACAUGGUUUGUGCUCAGUACGGUAACAGUAUGGACACGUGCAGGGGUGACAGCGGCGGCGCAUUGGUGUGUGGAGGUAGAUUGACCGGAGUUGUGUCGUUUGCUCUUUAUUGUUCAGGUAUAUGGCCAUCAGUAUUUGCUAAGGUAACUGCACCUACCAUUCGAAACUUUAUUCGCUAUUUCGCUGGAAUUUAGAUACUGGAUAUGUUGCAAAGCAGUAAUAAACAGAUGUGUAAUCAUAUUGUUGCGUAAAA